GGGACACGGCAACGGGAAUGUUACUGGGAAAUGAGCUGGAGCUGGGCCAGGAGAAGGCUCUGCUGGAGCUGCUGAGCUCGGGGGGGCUCCGGCUCUGCCGGGGGCUGCCCCCAGUGGGACGCGCCGGAGCCAGGAAGGUGUCGGCCCGGGAGCGCCGGGAGCGGCUCCAGGAGAAAUCGCGGCUGAGCCGGAGCCUCCUCCCGCUGCUGCCUCAGCUCCUGGAAAAGUUUUCGGCGGAGCCGGAGGCGGUGGCGGCGCUGCUGGAGCUGCUCCCGCACCUGGAGCUGGGAAUGUUCCGGACGGCGCGGCUGGACAAGGUUCUGGAUCAGGUUCUGGUUGGGAUCCAGGAGCUGUUCCGGUGUCACUCGGAGCCCUUCCCCGUUCUCCUCCCGGCCUCGCGGGCCCUGCGCUCGCUCUGUGACCCCGACCUGAGCCUGGGCAGCCGCGGGGACAUCGCCAGGGGACACCUGGGGGACACCUGGGGGGACAGGUGCCACCUGCAGGUGUGUGACGUCAUCCAGGUGAGGGUCCCUGACGAGGACGAUCUCUACGCUCUGGCCGCCACCCUCAGGAGGCUCUCGGUGCUCUUCAGUGACCAUGACCUCACCCCCUGGGGUCUCUUCGGGCCCCUCCAGCAGCUCCUGCGGCACCACCUGGGGACAGGAGAGAUCCCGGAACAGGUGACGGUCCCGGCGCUCUCCUGCCUCUUCUUCCACCUGCUCUGGGAACUCUCCCGAAUUCCCGACUCCGGAGCCGCCCCGGGGGAUCGUCGGGAAUUCCUGUCCCGGGCCGGCUCCGCCCUCUCCCUGUGCCAGAGCUGCCUCUCGGAGCCCCAGCCCGGCCUGCGCCAGGAGGCUCUGCUGGUUGUGAGCGACCUCCUGGUGCUGCUGGGCCCGGAGCUGCAGCCGGAGCCGGAGCUGCCGGGGCUGCUCAGCGCCGUCCUGGCCGACUUCGUCUUCAUCAGCGAAUCCCAGCCCGGCUCUGAUGGACACGCCUCUGCUCCGUCCCUGUCCCGCCGCCGUUCCCUCCUGGCCGCUUUCUGCCGGCUGCUGCUCCGGGGGUCGCUCCCGCUCGGCGCCGCCUCCGACGUCUUCAAGCGAUAUUCCAAGUUUUCCGAGGAUUUUGGUGACAUCAUCCGGGAGACGCUGCGCCGGACGCGGGAGCGCCACCAGCGGGAGUGGGCGUCGGUCCUGCUGCUCUCCCUCACCCAGCUUUUCACGGAGCUGCUGCUCCAGGAGGGCCCCGACGUCCGGGGGCUCCCGGAAUUCCAGGAAAUUCGGGAUCUGGGCCGGAGAUUUUCCCUCUUCUUCAGCCUCCGGCACCUCCGGCACCGCCGGGCGCUGCUGCGGCUCCACAGCGAGGGGAUCCAGUUCGCGCUGCAGCCGCCCCCGGAGCCGGGAACGCCGGGAAUUCCGGGAAUUCCGCCGGGAAAUGCGGGAAUUCCGGGAAUUCCGCCGGGAAAUGCGGGAAUUCCGGGAAUUCCGGGAAUUCCGGGGGGUUUCCCGCUGACCCUGCCCUUCCUGGAGGUGCUGAGCGAAUUCUCCCCGCGGCUCCUGCGGCCGGACCGGGCCCCGCUGCUGGCGCUGCUGGAGCGAAGGUGCCGCGAGCGGGGGCUGGGCCCUGAUUUUGGGUUGAAUUCCGGGGAUUUUGGGGCUCCCCUGCUCUGCUACCGCCGCUCCCUCAGCGCCCCCCAGGGAGCCCCCAGCGCCGGCUCCAGCCCGUGGCCCCCCAGCCCCGAUUUGACCUCGACCCAACUCAGGGGGGGCCCCCGGAGCCGCCCCUCCCCCCCCCUGCCCAGCAGCGAAUCCAGGAGGAUUUGGGGGUCCCGCCUGAGCCUGAUGGAGGAAGAAGAGGAAGAGGAGGAGGAAGAGGAGACCCCAAAAUCCCCCAGGACCCCCCUGGAGCAGCCCCGGGACCUUUUCGGCUCCUCCAGCCUCGAAUUCCAGACUUUCUGAAGACAAAAUUCCAGAAUUCCACAAUUCCCGGAGUUUUUUUUCCCAUUUUUUGCCGUUUUCACCCCAGAAUUCCCCAGGUUUUUUUUCCCAGUUUUUUAAUUCCAAACCCGAGCGGAUUUUUGGGAAUUUUGGGAUUUAUCCCGAAUUUUUUGGGAUUCCCAACCCUUCAGAUCCUCCUGGAUUUUCCCAGCUCGGAAUCCCAAAAAUUCCCUGAGUUUUUUUUCCCAGUUUUUUGCCGUUUUCACCCCAAAAUUCCCCCCAAUAAAAAUCCCGGUGUUGCCGUCGUUUCCGGGCUCGUUUUUUCGGGAAUUUUUUGGGAAUUUUUUGGGAAUUUUUUGGGAAUUUUUCAGGAAUUUUUCAGGAAUUUUUCGGGAAUUUAUCGGGAAUUUAUCGGGAAUUUUUUGGGAAUUUUUCGGGAAUUUCUCAUGAAUUUUUCGGGAAUUUCUCAGGAAUUUAUCGGGAAUUUUUCGGGAAUUUUUCAGGAAUUUCUCGGGAAUUUUUCAGGAAUUUCUCGGGAAUUUUUCAGGAAUUUCUCGGGAAUUUUUCGGGAAUUUUUCGGGAAUUUCUCAGGAAUUUAUCGGGAAUUUUUCGGGAAUUUCUCGGGAAUUUUUCAGGAAUUUUUCGGGAAUUUUUCGGGAAUUUUUCGGGAAUUUUGGCUUUUCCCCCCUCCCUGCUCUUCCCACAUUUCCUGAGCCCAGAAUCCCAAGUUUUCCUCACCCAA